AAGAAGGUUCGCGGUCAACAAAGAUGGCAGCGCUCAUGUAUAACGUGAGUCGUGGAUUUGUUAUUUUCGGGGAACGUAGUUUAUUACUCAGAGGACAUAACAUCCACCGGAUCUUGGUGGAUUCGAGGCGAUGUGUCCGAGCCCUCCGGCGGAGACCCGUGGCGGUCCUGUAUCCUGAUGGACAACGAGAGAGAUUCAUUAAAUCAAACGAAGCAGGCGAUAAAAUGAACCAUCGGAAGGACAAACACACAGAGAGAGUCUCAGAGAGAGCUAGCAGGCAGCAGUGGAGAGGACAUGUCUCUGAAUGUGCAGAAGAGUCUCCACAGAUGAAACACACACGCUUCGAGAAGGCUCCUGCUGGAGACAACACACUCGCGAGGGUGGCCAGUGUUGCCCGGUCCAGAGUGUUUCGGGAUAAGGAAGGUAAGGUUCUGCUGGAGGGGAGGCGUCUGAUCUGUGACGCUCUGUGUGCUGGAGCGUCUCCUCAGAUGCUCUUCUUCAGUUCAGUGCAGAGACUGCAGGAGCUCCCUCUAGAUCGACUACAGCAGGCCAAGCUCAUCAAGGUCCGAUAUGAAGACAUGAAGACCUGGUCUGACCUGGUCACUCCUCAGGGGGUCAUAGCUAUAUUCUCUAAACCGGAUGCCUCCCACCUGGUGUUUCCAAAAGACACGCGUCUUCAGUCAGUACCUUUGUUUCUGUUAGGUGACAACAUACGUGAUGCUGGGAACCUAGGGACUAUUUUACGCUGCGCGGCAGCUGCUGGCUGUGAGCGGGUUCUCCUCACCAAAGGUUGUGUGGACGUCUGGGAACCCAAGGUUCUUCGCGCAGCAAUGGGAGCUCAUUUCCGACUUCCGGUCUUUCCUAAUUUAGACUGGGAUGAAAUUUCCAAGCACUUACCAAAAGACGUGGUUGUCCAUGUAGCAGAUAACCGUGUAAAAGCUCCAGUUCCAGCACAAGCAGAAAAAGGUUCUUUGGAGGACUACAGUGAAAGUGACUCUGACGAAGAGUCCGAUGAUGAACUUUCACUGCCGUGUCUGAAGCCUCAGGUGUACUAUGAGAGUUGGGCUCAGAGGAGCACGGCACUGGUGAUUGGUGGAGAGACGCAUGGACUGAGUCUGGAGGCUCAGCGAUUGGCUGAGGAAACAGAGGGCAAGAGGCUCUUUGUGCCCAUGGCUCCAGGAGUGGAGAGCCUGAACUCUGCAAUGGCUGCUAGUAUACUGCUGUUUGAAGGCAGACGGCAGCUUCUGCAGUUGUUGGACAAAACACGGCGAAGAACACGAUCUAAAAUCUUCAAAUGAGUGGUUUUCUUGUAACGUGUUCAAGAUGUUUCACCAGUACUGUCCAUGUUCACUUUAUUUCUCAUUGUGUCUUUUGUCUGCUUGUCAUUUCUCCAGUAGAGGGCGAUUAUUGUGUGUUUUGAUGUACUCACCCUCAGACCAUACUGAUGUAGACGAGUUUGUUUCUUGAACUGAACGGAUUUGGAGAAAUUUAGCAUUACAUCACUUACUCACCAGUGGAUCCUCUGCAGUGAAUGGGUGCCGUCAAAAUAAGAGUCCAAACGGCUGAUAAAAACAUCACAAUAAUCCACACCACUCCAGUGCAUCAAUUAAUUGGUGAUGUGAAGCAAAAAGCUGCGAGUUUUUAGCUAUAAAUAAUCACCUCUGGCUAAAUUAUGAGUUCAUAAUCCAUAUUUUUCCCACUGUUUUCACUUGUAAACUGCAUAUUUAUCUCCUGAUUCAGAUGUGGUGUCUUUUUCACUGCACUAUUUCACCUGGAAGCAAUGGUUUGAAGACAAAAAUAUCUAAAUGAUGAUUCAUGUUGAUUUUUGUGAUGAUUGUAUCAGCUGUUUAGACUCUCAUUCUGAUGGCACCCAUUCAAUUCAAAGAGAUCCAUUGGUGAGCAAGUGAUGUAAUGCUACACUUCUCUAAACCUGUUCUGUUUGAGAGACAAACUCGGCUACAUCUUGGAUGGCCUGAGGGUGAGAACAUUUUCAGCAAAUUUUCAUUUUUGAGGGAACUAUUCUUUUAAGUAUGUUGAACAAUAUACAACCAACAUUUUAAACUAUCAGGCUAUUGCUUGCUACACUCUGGCAUGACCUCAUUGCAUUACAUGUUUAAUUAAGCAAGUGGCAUAUGGUUAUUCUGGCAAGAGUUCCAGAUUUCUGUGAGAAUAUUAUAAUGUACAGUGUAGAAAAUCGAAACUGUAUCAUCAUUAUAUAUGUACAACAUAUGUAUUUUUAUGUAAGUGGAAAUUAAAGAUUGAAGGAAAUA